GGUGUGCUGAAGGUCAGCGACUGCAGUGGCCAGUGACUUCAUUCUUGUAGAAACAGAGAGCAAGCAACAAUUUUUAGUUGGCAUGGCCAUUGUCACAGGUUUCCUCAUUUGUUUCCCUGUCUUGUGAGGACACCGGGUACCUGUUUAAAACAGUACUUACAACCCUGUUACUUUCCCUUACUCCAAGAGAAGCAUCUGUACCUUUUACCAGUUCAGUGAAUCCUUUCCCCCAGGGCACGCUGCAGAAAUUAUGUUAUUCAAAGAUCAAUAAGUAACUUGGUCUAAAUUGCCUCACUUGAUGUGAAGCAGAGUACCUCAAAACAGGCUUCCAAGAGCAACCUCCAUGCUACUUACACCAAGUUUUUCCUUUCAGACCACAGCCACUUAAGACCCUCCAUCGAAAAUGCAAGCUCAGUCUCCGGUGGUCAUUGUAACUCAGCCCGGAAGUGGUCCUGUUCCUCAAAAUUCCAACUGGCAGACGGGCAUGUGUGAUUGCUUCAGCGAUUGCGGCGUCUGUCUCUGUGGCAUGUUUUGCUUCACGUGCCUUGCGUGUCAAGUUGCAUCUGACAUGAAUGAAUGCUGUCUGUGUGGAACAAGUGUCGCGAUGAGGACUCUCUACAGGACCCGAUACGGCAUCCCAGGAUCCAUUUGUGAUGACUAUAUGGUGACCCUUUGCUGUCCUCUGUGUUCUCUUUGCCAAAUCAAGAGAGACAUCAACAGAAGGAGAGCCAUGCGUACCUUCUAAAAAAAAAACAAUGGUGAAGAGCUCUUUUUUUGCCCUUUCUUCUGUGAUCUCUCUCCUGAUCUCGAGAAGAGCUCUCCCGAAACAACUCACAUCAGCUCCACACCUCUUCAGCUUGAGUGCUUCUCCACUCUUUGCAACUGAAAUAUGAUUGAUAUGUUUAAUCACAAUCAAUGGGGUUAAAAAAAUUGAACUUUGAUUUAUUUUAAACGAAUGUUGUCCCUUAGUUUUGCUAAAUGGUGCAGUUUAGUUUCUCCUUGCUAAUAAAUUUUCUGGCUCAUAAAUUUUGUAUUACAUUUAAAAUAUAAACCAAAUAAAAGA